UCUCUCAGUUUCCUGUAUCCAUGGCAACCUCUGUUUUACACACUAACUAUAGAGGAACCAAUGUGAAGAGUGGUGUUUCCUGAGCAAACUGUGGCUUAAAAAAAAAAAGAGGUGGAGAGCUGGAGGUCAACAGAAAUGGAGUUUAGCAAUGUCUCUCUUCAGAUUUAAAAAGAAAACGUUUUCUUGAGUCAACUGAGUAUUAAAAUAUCAAUUUCCUGUUCUUGGCACAUUCUAAUCCUUGGGAAUUAACUGCAAACUUUUGGGCCUUCGAGACUGGCUAGCAUCUUCAGCUAUUGCUCUAAACGUCUAUUGUCAAAAUUCCCCAUUCAUUCGUGGCUGAGCAUUACGUUAUGUUAAAUGGACUGACAUUCCAAAUUGCAUUACAUCUUCGGCAAAUGUAUCCAGAGUUUGGGCUGUAAAACCUCUUCAUAUUCAUCACAAGACCACUGCAUUAAUGAUGGCCUGGCAUAAAGUAACCACACAUGGGAAACAUUUGGAAAAUACUGAGACCGAGAGAGUUACUUUCUGGGAAGGAAUUCGCAUUUCACCUGCCAAUAGAUUUUUUCAAGAGAAUACCCCUGGUAAUCCGUUAGAGACUACUACAGUGUUGCCUGUGCAAGUACAACUUACUACUUCUGUUAACUUGAACUUGGAAAAAAGUGCUCUACCAAUUGAUGCUGCUUCAUUGUCAGGGAAACCAUCACUAAUUUGUACCCAGGAAGUUGAGAACUUGAAUGAGGCUUUUGACAUUUUGCUAGCUUUUUUCAUCUUAGCUUGUGUUUUAAUCAUUUUCUUGAUCUAUAAAGUUGUUCAAUUUAAACAAAGAUUAAAGGCACCAGAAAACUCAGGGGAAAAUAGACUUGAAUAUUACAGCUUUUAUCAAUCAGCAAGGUAUAAUGUAACUGCCUCAAUUUGUAACACUAACCCAGAUUCUCUAGAAAGCCCUGGUUUGGAGCAUAUUCAUCUUCAUAAACAAAUUGUUCCUGAAAGUGAGGCACAGGUCAUUCUCUUUGAACAUUCGGCUUUAUAAUUCAACUAAAUAUUGGCUAUAUGAGAACAACAGUGCCAGCCACAUGAACGUAAAAUGGAA